CUUUUGCAGUCGAAUCCGAACACCACCAUGGCCUCCAAUGAGAUGGAAUAUGUCCGCCUGGGAAACUCGGGCCUGAAGAUUUCCAAGGUCAUUCUGGGUACCAUGUCCUAUGGCACCAAACAGUGGCAAGAUUGGGUGCUGGACGAGGAGGACGCCCUCCCUUUGAUCGAACAUGCCUACAAGCGUGGAAUCAACACGUGGGAUACGGCUGACGUUUACUCUCACGGCCGUUCGGAAGAGAUCGUUGGCAAAGCCCUGAAAAAGUUCUCCAUCCCCCGUAACCGGGUUGUCAUUCUAACCAAAUGUUUCUUUGGUGUGGACGACCAAGGGGGCUUUCCUUCCAUUGCUGCUUCCGGUCGCAACGAGGGUGAAUUUGUCAAUCGGGUUGGCCUGUCCCGCAAACACAUCUUUGAUGCGGUCGACGCUAGUGUCGCGAGACUGGGAACCUAUAUUGAUGUGCUACAAAUCCAUCGGUUGGACCGUGACACCCCUCGUGAGGAGAUCAUGAGGGCUCUUAACGACGUGAUCGAAAGCGGGAAGGUUAGAUACAUUGGAGCGAGCUCGAUGGCUGCCUGGGAGUUCCAGACUCUCCAAAACAUCGCUGCUCGCAAUGGCUGGCACCAGUUUAUUUGCAUGCAGAACUACCACAACCUUAUCGCCAGAGAGGAAGAACGCGAAAUGAUCCCCUACUGCCUUGACACCGGCGUGGGUUUAAUCCCCUGGUCACCCAUGGCUCGGGGUGUCUUGGCCCGGCCCUGGGGAUCGCGCUCUACCGUUCGAGAGUCUACAGACGGAGCCCUCAAACUUCUGAUCCGUAGCCGCGAGACAGAAUCGGACAAGGCCAUUGUCGACCGUGUCGAAGAGGUCGCCAAGAAGAAGGGCGCCAGCAUGGCCCAGGUGGCCAUCGCUUGGUCCAUGAGCCAUCCCAAUGAGAACCCCAUUCUUGGACUCAACAGCAAGGAACGGAUCGACGAGGCUGUUGCCAGUAUCAAGGUCAAGCUGACCGAUGAGGAGAUCAAGUACUUGGAAGAGCCUUACAUCCCUAAGACUCACUCUGCCCUGGAGCGGUAAGGGAUAAAAUACAAUUUCAAUCAAAGCCAGUUACACUGCCUUCUAGUAUCGUGACAUAGAUUCAGAAC